AUGGGGACUGUGACACUGGAAUUGUCCCUGCUGGCUGUGGCCCUCCUGUGCCCAGCCACUGCCAUGCUGCGCAUCGGUGCCUUCAACAUCCAGGCCUUUGGUGACACCAAGAUGUCCAACAAGGCAGUGGCAGAGAUCAUCAUCAAUGUCCUGCGCCGCUAUGACGUGGUGCUAGUGCAGGAGGUGCGUGACUCCGACCUCAGCGCCGUCACCGAGCUCAUGGAGCAGCUCAACAGUGCAUCCACAUCCUCAUAUGACUAUGAGAUCAGUGGUCCCCUGGGACGGGAGAACUACAAGGAGAUGUACCUGUUUAUCUACAGGACAGACACUGUCUCUGUGGUGGACACUUACCAGUAUAAGGACCCUCAGGAUGUCUUCAGCCGGGAGCCAUUCAUCCUGAGGGUCUCAGCACCCAGCACCAAGGUGAAGGAGUUUGUGCUGGUGCCCCUGCACUCAGCCCCACAUGAUGCUGUUGCUGAGAUUGAUGCGCUCUACGAUGUCUACCUGGCCAUCAUCAACAAGUGGGGGACCGAUAACAUGAUGUUCCUGGGGGACUUCAAUGCUGACUGUUCCUACGUCCAUCCAAGUGACUGGUCAUCCAUCCGCCUGCGCAGCAGCGACAUCUUCAAGUGGCUGAUCCCCGACAGCGCCGACACUACCGUGGGCAAGUCAGACUGUGCCUACGACAGGAUUGUGGUGUGUGGUAACAAACUGAAGAGAAGCAUCGUGUCAAACUCAGCUGGUAUCUACAAUUUCCAGCGUGCUUUCCAGUUGGAUCAGGAGGAGGCCCUGGCAGUCAGUGACCACUACCCAGUUGAGGUGAAGCUGGUGGCCUGAGCUCCUCCCACAGCCACAGACCAGGAUCCAGCUCCAGCUCCCACCAAUCCC